AUGUGGAUGAGAUUAAGACCGGAUGAGGCCGAGAUCAAGGUCUUAAUGCUUAGGACCGAGGAAGCAAAGGCUUUGAUAGGUUUGCACGUCCGGCAACAGCACCUCGGGGCAAUCUUAGAAGCGGAGAAUGCCAAGGUAGCGUGGGACGCGCUGAAAAAGACCUACAAGAACAAAACUGCUGCUCGGAAGUUGCAACUCCGUCAUGAGUUGAGCACCCUCAAGAUGCAGUCUGGUGAGUCCGUUGCCACGUAUGUGGGCAGAGCCCAAGAUCUCUACUGGGAUUUGAUAGCCGCAGGCUCUGACAUAAAGCCGGAUGAUCUAUCCUUUAGCGUGCUCGCCGGGUUGUCAAGCCGGUUUGAGGGGGUGGUAACGGUGUUUACAACCACCAAAGAGGAGCUAGACCCGGUGGAAAAGCUGCUUCCAAAGUUGCAAGUUUUUGAGCAAAGGCAUGGGCUGUUGGGAGAGCAAGAUAGCGGGGCCUCGGGAUCGGCAACGGCGGUGGCCUACGUGGCCAAGGGUGGCUCGGGAAAGGCUUCCAUGCCUUGCCACAAGUGUGGAAAGUUGGGGCACUUUGCGAGAGAGUGCCGGUCCGGGGCUCGGGUGCCCGAGAAGCCCAAGACGGGGAAGAAGUGCUACACUUGCGAUAGCCCGGACCACUUGAAGAAGGAUUGGCCCAAGAAGGAGAAAACCGGGGGCCGGCAAGGGAUUGCCUUGGUAGCCCGGGAAGGGCCGGAGACCAGAAGGUGGAUUGUCGACUCCGGGGCGAGCCAACACAUGGCGGGGAUUAAGAAGUUGUUCUCAACUUUGAAGAUGCUUGAGCCGGGGACUCGGGCAAUCAAGUUUGGGAACAAGGGGUUUCUCGAGGUAGCCGGGGUGGGCACCGUGGAGUUGCGGUGUGAGACGUCAACCGGUGAGCGUCUUAAUUUUCUUCAAGAGGUGGCGUAUGUCCCCGAUGUGACGGAGAACCUCUUCUCGGUGAAGAAAGCAACCGCGGUAGGGGCCGAGGUUGUGUUCCGCGGUGAAGUGUGUGAAAUGUCUACGGACGGAGAAGUCAUGCUUCGGGCGGAGGACAACGCGGAGGGCAUGUCGGUGAUUUGCCAACCGAGGGCAACGUGGUAG